UUUAAAUUUCUGAUUGUAAGUGCACGUUUUGAGGAGCGGAUACGAAAAAUUACAUAUUUAUCAAAUUUUGGUGCGAAUAUUUAAUAUAGAUUGUCCGUUUUUGUUACUUAGUUUAGAAAUUUUAUAUUAGAUGGUAUUUAAAAUUUCAACUCUAAUAAAGUACAAAAACUAAAAAAAAAAAAACAAUUAUUUUUCUAAUUUAAAAUAUUUAAAGUAAUUAUUAUUAUAUAAAAUAAGAAAACAUCAAGAUGAGAAAUUCAAUCGUAGAGGAGUUGGAGGAAAAUGGUUACUUCAUAAUUGAAGAUUUUUUAACGCCAGAAGAAAUUCAAGAACUUUAUGAAGCUGGGAAACAAUUAUGUUUAGAUGCACCAAAAGAAGACCGAAAAGUUUUUAGUACAACUAAACAGGCUGAUUUUCAAAGUCGUGAUAAAUAUUUUCUUGAGUCAGGUGAUAAAAUUCGUUACUUUUUCGAAGAAGGUGCCGUAGAUGAAAAUGGUGAAGUGAAAGUUGAUCCAUCUGUUGCUCUUAACAAGGUCGGACAUUCCUUGCAUAAUGAUAUUGAAGUUUUCAAGAAUAUCACUUUUAGUGAACGUGUUAAGGAAUUUUGUUGGCAAUUAGGUUAUAGACGACCAGUUAUACCACAAAGUAUGUACAUUUAUAAGAAUCCAGGAAUUGGUGGUGAAGUAACACCGCAUCAAGAUGCGACAUAUUUAUUUACUGAACCAAAUACUGCCAUUGGGUUUUGGAUAGCUUUAGAUGAUGCUACCAUACAAAAUGGAUGUUUACAAUUUGUAAGGGGAUCACAUAAAAGUGGAAUUCAUCGUAGAUACAUCCGGAAUCCAGAUAAAAAUGCAAAAGAACUUUUGAUUUAUGAUAAGCCAGCACCGUAUUAUCAAGAAUCAACAUUUACUAAAGUACCAGUGAAAAAAGGUAAAUUACAAAAUUUUGAUAAAAAGUAUAUUUUACGAAAAUCACAAAUAAACUUAUUUUUUCAUGAAGGGUCAUGCAUUAUCAUCCAUGGUCAAGUAGUGCACAGAAGUGACCACAAUCGAUCAAAAGAGAGUAGACAUGCUUAUACUUUCCAUGUUGUUGAAACUGAUAAUACAAAAUGGUCGGAACAAAAUUGGUUGCAACCAUUGGAUGAUAAACCAUUCCCAGUGUUGUAUGAGGGAAAAAAAUAGAUGAGACUUUUUACAAAUAUUAUAGCGAGAUAUAAUAGAAAACCUUACGUCAAAUUGUAUAAGACAUUUUUUUAUGUACCUAAAUAUAUUUUAAAAUUGUGAAUAUUAAAAUAUUAAAACAACUUUUGAUAAGAAAAUAAGACUAAAAAUUUUUUUUGGUA